AUGUAUUGCAGAAGCAAUUGUUCGCCGCUGAGGAGAAAUCCUGUAGUUCAGCGCAGUCUCGAUUUGCGACUUCGUGGCGGCCAAGCGAAAGACUACCUUAAAAGAUGCAGUUGCAACCUGGUGAUCCUGUCGAUUCUUUUCUUGGACAUCUAUCAGAUGAAUUACUUUUCCAACAGGAAUAACUGGCGGUUCUUGGCGGAGUGCUCCAUUUGUCCUAUACUUGCCCUGAGAGCAUUUGUCUGUUUCGGCAAUUAUCUGUGGUUAUUAUGUGGCAUUGACCAGGUGAUCGGAACGGAAAACCAAAAGUGUCUGCUGGAUGGAAAGGAUGAGAUCCCCUUUGGCACAGUAUACGCUCGACCGGUAAUGAAAGCUCAAGGUAACAAAAUGGGCAAAGAUAUGAAGGACGACUGGCCCAUUAUCCACUGGCACUCCUCUUUUCAGAACUCCUUUGGGUGGACAAAGAACCAGUGUUUCUUGUCGUUGCAGAAACACCCGCUUACGUCCACCUACAAUUCAUCGUAUGAGGAGGUUUGCCGGGAUGAUUUUAUAACUGAUAUCCGGAAGUUGGACGAUUCGGAAAAUAUAUAUAUCAAGAGAAAAUUAUUUUUGAAAAAAAUAAGAAAUGGAUUCCCAGAUUUCAAACUAGCAGAGUCGAUAUCCCCAAUGAAACUAUUGCAAUAUGUGGCCAACCUGAGAUUUUGGAUCUCCACCACCAUUCUGCAACGAUUAGUGAACGAGAUUGACUAUGUGGAUAAGAUGUUUCACAAGUAUAAAUUCAACUUCAAGAUAGGAGCAAUAAGCCUAGAAAGGCUGCGAUUAAUAGCCGUGGACCGCAAGUUGGUAAGGACUUGUUUUCCCAUGAUGCCCAUGCUAUUGGCCUUUCUGGACACCUUCGGCAACCAGGAGUACCUAGUGCAGCGGAUUAAAGAGCUAUCGAAGGGUACCUAUAUAGAAGACUACCGUUGGAAUUCGGGGGGGACAAUCUAUGGUCAGGAGUGGCAGGAACACCUGCCCACCGAUGCAGCCAUAUUGUUUCAUUUGUUUUGUGUUUACCUUGACAGCCAACUUAUGCCAUUGCCGCAGGGUGCUGACCGACGACCUUUCUAUUCUCGAUAUGUGAUAAUUCGGGAUGGGAGAUCCAUUCAGGACAUAGAGUCCUGUGUAAAAAACAAGGCCAACUGCGCCAUUUUAGCCACAGACAAUCAACAGCCCAAUCCCAAGUUCAAUUUCAUCAGCGAAUUGGAACUGCAUGAUUGUGUAUACGACACAAACAACCUGUUCUAUGUGAUUAUCCAGUUUUUGACCUACAUGCAAAAAGAGCAGGGAGCCGUUCUGGAGUUUGUCAGUCUGGGCAAGAGCGGGAUCAACAUCUUACCUGUUAUACAAAAUGGGCUUAAAGUGAACUAACUUCUUAUGGUUAAAGCCAAAUCUUUACACACCUAGUACUUACAUAUUUUAUUUUAUUAUU